AUGACAUCGACACCGAGCGCGAGUCACCGUUAUAGGUUACCACUUGAUAAUUGUGUAGGACAAGCGUACGAUGAUGCCUCAAAUAUAUCGGCAUUAAUAGACACAUGUAGUUAUACUCAAAUACGUAAUAUGAUGGGUACAAUCAGACAAAUAAUUAAGUGUUUUAAAGACUCACUGAAACGAAUGGCAACUUUGCGAUCAGAAAUAAUCAAGAAUGAAGGUGAUUAUAUACAAUUAUCGGAAAAAAACCGAAUAAUUUCAUUAUGUAACACUCGUUGGGUUGAUCGUAAUACAUCAACUGAAACAUUUCUUGAAUUAUAUUUGCCCACUAUUAAUACAUUAGAUCGUUAA